AUGUCCAAGCCGGUCAUCGUCAUCGUGCCAGGUGCUUGGCAGAAGCCCGUCGUUUGGAAUGACCUUGUGCAACAACUACACACCGCAGGUUUCGAGGCUAUCCAUGUCGAACUGCGUACCGUUGGUAGCACAGCGACGCCUCUCCACCGUCUAGCUGACGACGUUGCAGCGGUGCAAUACGUGCUCGGCGAGCUUGCCCGCCAGGGCAAGACAGCCUUGUUGUUGGGUCAUUCCUCCGGUGGCCUAGUUGGCAGCAACGCGAUAAAAGGCCAGGACAAUGUCAUAGGCAUGAUCUAUUUGGCCACCUUCGCGAUCCCUCAUGGCAAGGCUUUGCUCGAUAUGCUCGGUGGAAAACCUCUCCCGUGGAUGGAAUACAAGGGCGACCGGGUUUUCGGGCGUCAAGAAAUGUUGGCUGACGUUAUGUUCAACGACCUCAACGCCGAAGAACAGCAGAGAUGGAUGACCGAGAUGACGCACACGUCAGCCGCGCUUUUCGCAACGCCCAGUGGCUACGAGCCUUGGAAGGAUGGGAUACCUUGUGCUUACAUCUUUUGUGCCAAGGACCAUGCGCUACCACUGGCCGCCCAGCAGAAAAUGGCGGCGCAACUUGGACCAGAGGCCAAAGCCGUCACGCUUGAAUCAGGCCACUGCCCUUUUCUGAGCAUGCCUGAACAGCUGGUAGAUGCUAUUCAAAUGCUCGAAGCGCAAAUGCGAGGGACCUAUUCAUAG